AUGGGCUGCAUCGGCUCCCGGACCGUGGGGAAUGAGGUCAUCGCGGUGGACUGGAAAGGCCUCAAGGAUGUCGACCAGCUCCCCAUGGACAGCACCAGCUCCCUGCAGGGGAGCAGCCUCCACCGGCCAUCCACAGAGCAAACCCGGACAGAGUUCUCCUGGGACGCCAUCAAUCUAUCCAUGGAGGACACCACGUCUAUCCUCCCGAAGCUCAAGCGAAACUCGAAUGCCUAUGGCAUUGGAGCCCUGGCCAAGUCAUCGUUCUCAGGGAUCUCACGAAGCAUGAAGGACCACGUGACAAAGCCCACUGCCAUGGGGCAGGGCCGGGUGGCACAUAUGAUCGAGUGGCAGGGCUGGGGAAAGACCCCAGCCAUCCAGCCCCAGCACAGCCAUGAGUCUGUGCGCAGGGACACGGACGCCUAUUCUGACCUCAGUGAUGGUGAGAAGGAGGCACGUUUCCUAGCAGGGGUCAUGGAACAGUUCGCCAUCUCUGAGGCCACGCUCAUGGCCUGGUCCUCCAUGGAUGGUGAGGACUUGAGUGUCAACUCCACCCAGGAGCCACUGGGCUGUAACUACAGCGACAACUACCAGGAGCUGAUGGAGAGCCAGGAUGCCCUGACGCAGGCCCCCAUGGAUGGCUGGCCCCACUCCUAUGUGUCCCAGGGCAUGUACUGCCUGGGCUCCUCAGAUGCCUGGGAAGCCAGUGACCAGUCCCUCAUUGCCUCCCCGGCCACCGGCUCCUACCUCGGCCCAGCAUUUAAUGACUCACAGCCCAGCCUGCACGAGAUGGGCCCCCCCCACCCCACUUCAGGCUUCUCUACCCAGGAGCCACCGCCUUUGCUGGGGCUGGACGCUGACUGGGCCCCAGGAGGGGGCACGGUGGACCUGGCCGGAGUCCCAGCUGAGGAAGAGGAGGAGGAGGAGGAGCGGGAGGACGUGGAGAAGAGGCCGCUGGGCCCGGAGGAGGAGGAGGACGCAGGGUGCCGGGACCUGGAGUCACUGUCCCCGCGGGAGGAGCCCGAGGUGUCCACUGCCCUCAGCCGCAAGGUGUCUGACGUCACAUCCUCAGGGGUACAGUCCUUCGAUGAGGAGGAAGGCGAGACCAACAACUAG